AUGUCUUCGGUGAGACCGACUAGUCUCUCGCCUUUCUUUGCGAUUUUCGUCGUCUGGUUUCAUCCUCGGAUCACGGGUUCUGGCUCGACUCGAGAAAUUGGCUUCUGGUUUUAUAGUCGGAGAAAGAGGACGAUGGAGCAUGGUGGGGAUUGAGAUGGUUCUCCUCUUCUCAGUUCAGGAAGAUAAGAUCCACUUGGUUUAGAGAAAGAGAGAGAGAAGGAUUAUCACCCAAAAUAAUAGCAUCUUCCGGUGGCGAGUAGGUAAAUCGGAGGAAGAGGAUGAUGACCUUAUCUACAAUGCAUGAAGAUAAUAUCAUGGCUUUAUUCAUUUAUUCUGAAUGUGAGACUAUAAUAGAGAGAUCAUAUUCAUAGGUUUUGAUUUUUGGAAAGGUUCUUCGGGGCGAAUUGACGUUAUGUCAUGGGGGAAUUGAUGGGAAGAACAUACGAUUUUGAGAUUUGGUAGUACUUGAGCUCUUGAAUUAAUAGUGCAUGUUCUCGUUGCCAUUUCUCCAAAGCUUCAUUUAUGUAUAUUUUUAUUAAUUUCCUAUUUUUAAUCCCAAGUUUUAGAAUUGGGAAAUGCCGAUAUGAUCCUCAAAACUAUCAUUGCACAUGGGAUUUUUUAUCUAAUUUUUUAUAUUUAUUAUCAUAUUUUUUUAGGUUUUUUUUUCAUCCACCACAAUGAGAUCAUCACCCCUUUCCAACUGAUGAUUUAACUUAUCUCGGGACCAUAUAAUAACUUGUGAUUCUUCUUUGUAAGAAAUAAGAAGGAUAACGAAUCGAUUGACCUCCCUAACACCAAGUUUCUUGCCGUGGGUCAACUCAACUUAUCCACACAAGAUUAGAUGUACAAAAAAAAUCGUAUCUUGAGAUUCAGUAUUUGAUUAUCAGUUGACUUUCAAUACAAUCACAUUCAUUGGUGGCAAGCAGUAGAUGUUUGGAUUAAUUGGCCUCAAAGCCAUUCAACAAUGGUUUGACAGUACUAAUCACAUUCAAUAGUGACAUUCAUUCAAUCAUGGGCUUCUCCAACAGAUGAUUCAACUUACCUAGGGACCUUUAGCUUCGAUUCAACUAUGCAGGAUAAUGAAUCGAUUGACUCCCUAACACCAAGUUUCUUGACGUGGUUCAACUCAACUUAUCCACACAACAUUAGAUGUACAAAAAAAUCGUUCUUGAAAUUCACCAUUUAAUUAUCGGUCGACUUUCCCAUCCAAUCACAUUCAAUGGUGACAAGCAUUAGAUGUUUGGAUUCAUCCUCCUCACAUUCAUUCAAUCAUGGGCUUAUCAUUUCAAAUCAUAUCCAACGUUGAGGAGAGUCUUACGCUUAAAUUGUCCAUCUUCAAGGCUGUUUGAUAGAUCCUCAGUUGACUUUCUCACACAAUUGGUGUUUAUGCGUCGCAUGAAGCACGAAAAAGGGGUCCCUUUGCCGAAAUUUGGAGAAUGGGACGUGAACAACCCUGCUUCUGCCGAGGGCUUCACAGUCAUCUUUAACAAGGCCAGAGACGAGAAGAAGACGACCGGCGGCACCGGGACGACAAGGGAUAAAGGAGACUACAAGCAGAAUCAGACAAUUGAGUUCCCCAAGAAGAGGGUAUUGACUUCGUUCAAGGAAGAAUAAAAUUACUCCUUUUGUCCUAUCUUUAGCGUUAUUUGGUCAACGAAAACGUGAUGAUUUUAUCCACAAAUCUGCAGAGAAAGUGGCUUUGCUUCUGA